GAAAGAAAACAUAUUUAGACCAAAAAUGCUUUCCUGACAACAACAAAGUAUUUUUUAUAAAUUAUUCGACCUAAAAGGCAUGCCAUAAAGCAGGAGUGUACCUAAAAUUUCCUGAAAGAUUGAAUCUUAUUGUUGUUAAACAUUUUAGCAGCAUUUUCAUACCACUGCCACAGUCAAGGGGUCAUAUACUGAUUGAUAAUGGAACAGUACACAAUAUUAGGAAGGAUAGGUGAAGGUGCUCAUGGCAUUGUCCUUAAAGCCAAACACAUAGAGAGUGGUGAAGUUGUUGCCUUGAAGAAAGUUCCGCUCAGAAAACUUGAGGAUGGUAUUCCAAAUACAGCACUUAGGGAGAUUAAAGCUUUACAAGAAAUAGAGGAUAAUCCAUAUGUGGUAAAGUUACGUGAAGUUUUCCCUCAUGGCAGUAGUCUGGUUUUAGUCUUUGAAUAUAUGCUGUCAGAUUUAUCUGAAGUUGUACGGAACUCAGAAAAACCUAUAACAGAGGCACAGGUCAAAUCAUACAUGCUGAUGCUUUUAAAAGGAGUCGCUUUCUGCCAUGAAAACAAUAUAAUGCACAGAGACUUAAAACCAGCUAAUCUGUUGAUUAGUUCAACAGGUCAUCUAAAGAUUGCAGACUUUGGUCUUGCCAGGGUGUUUCAGAAUGAAGGGAAUAGACAGUAUAGCCACCAAGUAGCUACAAGAUGGUACAGAGCCCCAGAAUUGCUAUAUGGAGCUAGAAAAUAUGAUGAAGGAGUAGAUUUGUGGGCAGUUGGUUGUAUAUUUGGUGAGCUACUAAACAACUCUCCAUUGUUUCCUGGAGAAAAUGACAUUGAACAGUUAUGUUGUGUUUUAAGAGUGCUAGGAACACCCAAUGAAAAGAUAUGGCCUGGAAUCUCUGAAUUGCCAGAUUACAACAAAAUAACCUUCCCAGAAAACAAACCCAUACCAUUUGAAGAAAUAGUACCUGAUGCUUCACCUGAGGCGUUAGAUCUGCUGAAAAAAGUCUUAGUGUAUCCAUCCAAACAACGCAUAUCUGCAAAAGACGCUUUAUUACAUCCCUAUUUUUUCACCGAACCUCUCCCAGCUCACCAUUCAGAAUUACCAAUACCUCAAAGGAGUAAACGUGGAUUGCCACGUCGCCAACAGACUCAUGAAUAUAACUUUGAAACUCCUUUAGAAAAAUCAUUAAUAGACCCUGAAAUGUUAGCACCACAUGUAGUUAAGAUGAAAUAGAUAAAUGUAUUGACAUAUUUCAUAUUUUAUAUAUUACAACAAUGCCAAUAAUAGCAUCAACAAUAUUUGUAACAAUUUCUAAAAAGAGGAUAAUUCUGAAAAAGGUACUUUUGAUAGGCCAUUAUAAUUAAGUGUGAUGUAACAUUGGCAUUCAUGCAUUUCUUAAAUGGAUCUUUGUGAAAACUAUUGAAUUGUGUAUAUGGUAUGAGUAAUACAUUAUAAGCAGAGUUGCAA